AUGCGAACUCGGUGGAGACUCGCGAGUAGGUUUACAACAGAGCGCGGAGGGAUAUCCAUUCGAUUGGAGAUGGGAAGAUUCCAAGAAGAACGCCAUCGCAGAGCACCUGACCUCCACUUGGCGACAUCUGCCCUACGACAGUAUGCAGCUAGUACAAGACAAAGCAAAAUUAAUCAGACAGAUGGUAUACCCAUGACUGUGCCUCAACAGGUUCUGUACGGAUGGCAUCCGGUCGAGUCACGUCUAAUCCGUCUAGUUGACUAA